UUUUUUUUUAUUUUGUGUUAAAGUAUUUUCGUGGUAUUAAAUCCUGUUGUCAAUUAUUAUAAACAGACCGGCUGAAAGUGGUAGAUAUAAUAUUGUAGGGAGAGAGCAUUGAAUUUCGAAACGAUAUAUAAAUAAUUGUCAUUUUAUAAAAUAUAAAUACCGAUUUUACGUUGUUUUUCUUUUUUUUUGAUGUUUAUUAAAGUUCAGGACUUAGAGAUAAAACUUUCAGUGUUUCAAAGCUAGUUGAUUAGACAACGUUAAUUCACCUGAAAAAAAAAAAAAAAAUUUCAUAAAUCCGUUUUACGUAAAACGAAUCAGACCGGUUUUGUCAAUGAUAGGCACUCGUAUUUUUUGUUUGAUUUAUUUGUUCAAAAUUUGAUUGGUUUUCGAUUCUGCAACAUUCAUUUUACCAUUGCAAUUCAAUACUGCAAUGAUUUCCAUUCGGAACAUUUCUGGGUGAUGCGACAUUCCGUUUUUGGUUUUAAUAUCAUAAUGAACGCAUCAUCUCACUCAAAGCGUAUAUAUGAAUAUAUUGAAGAAAAAAAAUAAAUAAAUUACGAACCAACCAAUUUUACACUAUAACGUUGUGUUUAUUAUUACCUGUACAUGAAAUCGAUUUAAAUUAUGUGAUUCAAUGAAAGUUGCUGAAGAGAAUAAUAAUAAAAAAGGCAACACACAACACACACUCCACACAAUUAAUAAUGUGAGACAGUCGAUAAGUAAUUAACGCAAUGUGACCAUUGUGGCAUAUAUAUUUAUAUAAAUAUUACACUGAACUGGUUAGUGGUUGACCGUGUGCAUAAAACAAAAAUAAAUUAAAACAAAAAAAAAACAAAAUCAGUAAAGAAGUGUGUACGUUAUGAUAUUCAAUUAGUAAAAUGAGCAAAAUGCUGAAGUUAAUUUAACAUGCCGAGUGCAAGAAACACUAUCAAAAAAAUAUAUUUUUUAGUGAUUUAACGUCAUACGGAUCGUACGGCUGGAGUAUGAUUUAAAGAGAAGAAGUAAAAAUCUAACAGAAAUUAAAAAGUAAAUUUUACAAUGAUAUGUGUUGUGAUAUAAAGUAAAAAAAAAAACAAAAAACAAAAAUAGAGAAAAUUUUAGCAAAAAUAAAAUGACAUCACCGAAUAAGGACCUUCAGCUAUACGAUAAACAUCCAAAUGUUAAAAAUAACGGUUACCUUCGAUCAAAUAUCGAAAAUGGUUCGAAUAUGGACGAAUCUAUGGGUGUACUGUUAGACACAAAUACACCACCAGCCAAGCCAUUGAUUGUAAAUUUUGGACCAAGGACUGCGACACGAACAUCUAUUGUUAGGAAUUUUAGUUUUAGCUACAUUUACCAUGACUCAAAAAUACGUAAUCGGUUUUUACUGUUCGCUUUGGUAUUUAUUCUGUUUGGUGCAGCUAUUGGUGCUAUUGUUGUAGCUAUUACCCACCGAUGUGUAACACAAAAUCAUCAAAGAAACGUUUGCCUUACGGAGGAAUGUAUAAAUACGGCAUCUUCGCUGCUGUCUGCGAUGGAUCGCUCUCAAGACCCCUGCGAAAAUUUCUUCGAGUACGCGUGCGGUACAUGGAAUAAGAAGCAUGUAAUACCAGAGGAUCGAAGUUCGAUCAGUACAUUUGAGGUGUUAGCGGAUCAGCAACAGGUUAUAUUGAAGGGUGUUUUAGAAGAAGAGAUCAAUAGUUUUGAUAGUGCCGCCACGAUUAAAGCGAAAAACUUCUACAAAAGCUGUAUCGAUCUACAGGAAAUUCGAGCUGUUGGGGAUAAGCCCCUCAGAAAUGUGCUGGAGAGUUUGGGCGGGUGGCCUGUAGCUGUAAAAAACUGGACACCGCCGGCUUUUAGUAUUGAGUCAAUGCUCGGAAGACUGAGAGGAGAAUACAGCGAAGCAGUUUUGGUGGAGCUAUAUGUGGGCGCUGAUGAUAAAAACUCUUCUGUGAAUAUUCUACAGUUGGAUCAACUUGUGUUAGCUCUACCUUCACGGGACUAUUAUCUGAAACCAAGCAGUGAAGGAGAUUUGGUAGCAUAUCAUAAGUAUAUGACAGAAAUUGCCAUUCUAUUGGGUGCCAAUUCAGAAACGGCUGGAACCGAACUACAGGAAGUAAUCAAAUUCGAAAUGAAAUUAGCCAAUGCAUCGAUGCCAGAAGCUGACCGGCACGAUACAAGUGCUAUAUAUAAGAAAAUCACACUACCACAACUACAGAGAGAUGUGCCACAAUUAAACUGGCACGAAUAUUUGCAGACAACCUUAGGUGAUCAAAUUACGCUACAACCAAAUGAACCAGUAGUUAGCUAUGCAAUGCCAUACCUUAUACAAAUGGGACGCAUUUUUGCUGAAACUGAUCGACGAGUUAUCCACAAUUAUGUUAUAUGGAGGCUAGUCAUGUCGAUCAUGACUCAUAUGAUUGAUGACUAUCAGAGAGAGAGAGUGGAAUUUCGCAAAAUAUUAUUAGGAAUUCAGUCUGAACGACAUCGGUGGUCACAAUGCGUCGAAUGGACGAACAAGAAAUUAGGAAUGGCUGUGGGAGCUCUAUUUAUCCGGGACAAUUUCAAUCAGGAGAGCAAGGAAACUGCACUAGAAAUGAUACACAACAUACGCGAAGCCUUUAACGAACUGUUAGCUGAUAUUCAUUGGAUGGACGAUGAAACGCGGGCAGUGGCGAAAGAAAAAGCCGACGCAAUGAAUGAACGAAUCGGAUAUCCGGAAAUACUAACCGACGAUGAAGAAUUAGAAAAGGAGUACGGAAACCUAACGAUCGUCAGUGUACAUUUUAUGGAUAAUAUAUUUAGCAUCUUAAAAUGGGAUGCCCAAAGGAACCUAAACAUGUUACGGAAGCCAGUGGAUAAAGAUAAAUGGGCCACAGAACCAGCUGUGGUGAAUGCAUUUUACAAUCCCAACAAAAAUGAUAUCGUGUUUCCUGCUGGUAUUUUGCAGCCGCUUUUUUACAGCCAGAAUUUUCCAAAAUCCUUAAACUAUGGAGGUAUAGGUGUCGUUAUCGGUCAUGAAAUAACACAUGGAUUCGAUGACAAAGGUCGACAAUUCGACAAGGAAGGCAAUAUGAUGCAAUGGUGGAACAAUGCCACCAUCCGGGCAUUCAGAGAACGGGCUCAGUGCAUUAUCGACCAAUAUUCACGCUAUAAAAUUGAUGAAGUUGGAUUGUUUAUGAAUGGUAGAAUGACACAGGGAGAAAAUAUCGCAGACAAUGGGGGAUUAAAACAAGCAUUUCGUGCCUACCGAAAAUGGGUUUUAAUCAACGGAGAAGAGCCUGAAGUUCCCGGCUUAAACUUAACUCACAAUCAGUUAUUUUUCCUCAAUUAUGCGCAAAUUUGGUGCGGAUCGAUGCGUCCCGAAGAUGCACUGACGAAAAUUCGAUCGUCCGUUCACUCGCCAGGAUUUGUACGUGUGCUGGGACCGCUAUCGAAUUCCAGAGACUUUGCCAAAGCAUAUAAUUGCCCUCCUGGCUCACCCAUGAAUCCGACCAACAAAUGCAGCGUCUGGUAAGGUGGAAAGAACUCCAUCUCCACUUCUCACAUCUGGUAAACUGAGAACGGGUAAUCUUAAUAAGUAUCUAAGACAUAGAUUUGGCGUCCGUGAUGCUACGUCUGAGUAAGCGAAAAUUUCAGUGCUAACGAAUGGUAUGUUAAGUCUCUAUAUUUUGUAUGUAGUGCUAGAGUGUCUGAAUGACUAUAAAAUUUGAAGCAUGUCUGACACACGGUAUCAUUUAAGGCAUUAAAUGACAAGUUUAACUCAGGCGUGCCUUACACAAUAUGAUGUCAUUGACCUGCUCCUUUCACAUUCCUUGUUUAUUACGAAAAGGAAUAAAAUCGCAUAUUUUUCACUUCUUUUUUUAUUAUUUCACAUACAACGUUCACACAUUUCAUUUCACGACUGUCUAAAAGCGUUGUCCUCUCAUAUUUCGCUGCAGUGGAACAUUUAUAUUGUGUCGGUACAAUCAAGGUUGUAUAAUGAGGAGGUUACACCGAUCGCCAUUAUUUCACACAUGAUGGCUAUCGGUAACUCUAAAGUAUAGUUUCCACUUAAAAAGAGCACUCCGUUUAGCCUCCGUUUACAUGACAGUUAUAAAAUAGAACAAAGGAACUGUCACGUAAACGGAGUAAAGCUGCAAUCGCAGUUCACUGUUUUGGGUCUCCGUUUAGAUAUUGCGCAUGCGCACAGAGAGAAUUCUCUCUCUGCGCAUGCUCAUUGUCUAAACGGAGACCCAAAACGGUGAACUGCGCUGGCACCUUAAUGCUUAGUUUCCUCUAAAAAAAGUACUCCGUGUGAGAGACAAAAUUGAAUUUUUUC